AUGUCUGUCUCAGAAGUUGACAAGUACCUUUGGUUGGCCUACUGCAAGGCAGUACAGAAUGCUGUUGGCGGCCUGCCUGGACACAAGCCAGCCCUUUUCUUUACCAAAAAGGCUCAAAAGGCACCCGUUGCAUCGCCAGACGUUGAUCCAGCAUACACAAACUAUGGCAUCAACAACAUUAUCAACAACUUUCUGCAGACAAACGAUCUAUUCUUCGACCCAUCUCACCACAAGACCUACACGCAAUGCCUUCUCGAGUACCUACUUUCAGUCAAGAUCGGCGAUGGAAACCAAACUCGCAUAACCAUGACAGGACGAACCCUAACUGGCGCUCUUGACCAAGCACUGCGCGAGAGAGAGCGCGCACUAGACAAGUUCGAGAAGGAAGAAGAUCAUGGACUGACUGGUGAACAAGACUUUUCCCAGUGGUGGCCUUCGCAUGCACCGGCAUACUCUGCCGCCAAGUCAAAGGUCGAAGCUGUGGCUGCUGACUAUAAAGCCCUCCUCCUCAACACUGGAGGUCCAGCUGCCAGUCAGCUCGCGAGAGAUUUCAACAGAAUUAUCCAAGCUUUGAUUGGUGGACAGUUUAUUGACGGAAUCACCAUGCCAGCUUGUCACGCUUCGGCUGAAGUCACUAGGGAACUCCUAGAGAAAGACAGAACACCACAUGCCAUCACAUAUGUUCCUGAGUUUAUGUCUCCCCAGUACACAUCCCAGAUUGAGCACUGGAUGAACGGAGUUGGCGAUGGAGACUCAUCUAUGCAGAUUAAUGUCGCGGAUGGAAAUGGCAAAGGAAGCACCAAUGAGAAGGGCUUGUCCUUUGGUUCUGUCGACACCGAUACAAACCUCGACGUUCAAUUCUCCUACGAUGAGAUUCAAACUGUCGCGGUCCCAGCUGGUGACUGGAAUGUCCCAAGCCCUGGCCGACGAUACCAACUUUCCAGCACAGCUUCUGAAGAGUCUCGCAAGCUUGCCUUCCCAGAUUAUCUCGUCGUGGUAAGAAACCUUGGUUUUAAGAUCAGCAUCCGAGACGACAAGCUUGCAAGACAAGUCGACGACAUGUUUGAGCAAGCCAAGGACGCAGGAGGCUCUGUGCGUGUCUUUGGUAUACCUGCCACCCCAGAGGGCAACCCAGAUAAAGCUACAGAGGAGAAUGCGCACAUCGCUGAGUGGGAUCGAGGGAAUGGAAUGCUCUUGGUUCGACCCACGACUGACGCCGGCUUCGCCUCUGUCGUGGCCCUUGUCGGUGAGCUGAACAUCAGUCAGUAG